CUUUUGCCCUGCGUGAAGGGGAAAACGAGCUGUUUUUUGUAUUAAGAUUACGACAGAAAUCAAUGCGAAGGAAUACUAUUGGUCGGAUCUAACAGAAUGACUAAGUGAUGCCAAUUUGUGUUGGAAAAAAAACUAAUCGACAACAGGUGACUGGGUGUGAUCUAACUCUUUGGUCUAACUAUUCGUUCAUCCAAGCAUGAGAACGUGGAUAACGUGGAAGCUAGCGUGUCUUCGGUGGAAUAGUAUGGCAGCGGUUGAAAUACGAGGAUUACGAAGAUGGCUGCGAGUGUUUAAAAAUAGUCGUGUCCUACCUGAAAACUUUUUGGCAAAGACAGGCUGCACGAGUUUUUGAACUAAAUUAGUAAUCGGAGGUACACAACGUUCGCUUACGGAAUAAUAUGGCUUCGAAAUUAACCGCAUCUCAGGCGUUGGGCACAGAUGGUACUGAUUUUUUACACAGACAACGAAUCGCCGCACAGUAUCAAUUCAGCGCCAUGAAUAAGUCCAGAUUGAAGUAUUGUAUAUUUUUCCACUAUUUACUAUUUUUUGUAAUGUUGGCGAAAUUAUCCGCUGACAUACUUGAUCACUUGGAUAUAUUUGUGUUGGAAAUUGAAGAGCUACAAAUACCACAGCCGCUCUGGUGGGAAUACAUAUGGUGCGGAAGCUUAUUACUUUCAUUUUUAGCUUUAUCUGCAAUACGCUACAAUAGAAUUAAGACAAUACAGAGGUAUAUGUUUGGAAUUGUGGUACUUGGUUAUGGUCCACUCAUCUAUGGUGUAGUAUACUAUUUCAAAGAUGUCUGGACUUAUUUGACUACAAACGACAAAGAAAAUAUACAAAUUUGGCAGGGAAUGCCAUAUGGGUUACUGUGGUAUGCAUUUCUGCUUCUUGCCUCUCAAGUACAUUUCUUUUCGUUAUACUUCUCCUGGAAUCUCCAGUCAGCUUGGAAAGCUCGUGGAUCGAAAAAAACUGAGUAAAGAUAUGUUCAAGGAGUUCCAGUGAGAACGAAAAAAAGGAGAGUGAAAGAUUCGGCAAAGGGAAGAGUGGCGAAGAGAAAAAGAAGACAAUUAUAUCAGAAUUAUACAUAUGCAUGUACAUAAUUACAAAGAGUUUUCUUUUUUUCCGACCAUACAGAUUCAAACUGAAUGUUCAUACAUAAAUACAUAAAUUGGAAAUAUUCAGUUACGGAUAUUAAAUUAUUUUAUUUAAGGUCCUGCUGCGGAAAUACAAUAUGUUUCGUAUUUUCUCA